GGAGGCGCGCGCAGAGGCUCCAGGUAGGGGAAGGUGAGACAGUGGGUUUCUCUCAGAGCAGCGAGUGGGGCUCUGGAGCUUAGAAUCAGUGACGGCGAGUUCCCUGUCCCGCCGGCGUGGGGGCUGCUGGAAGGAUGAGGCUCCCGAACACGGCAUGGCUGCUGGGGGCUGCAAUCCUGCUGGCGGCCACCGCUUCCUGCAGUCACAGCACCCAAGGAUUCAAUAAAAGCUCUAAAGGAAGAAGUCUUAUUGGUAGGAGUAAUGGCUCAUUUCAAGUCACUGGAAAAGGAGUUACAGUGAAACCAGGCUUUUCCGUGGAUGAGUUUUCUGCCUCCGUUCUCACUGGAAAACUGACCACUGUCUUCCUCCCAGUUGUCUACACGAUUGUAUUUGUGGUUGGUUUGCCGAGUAAUUGCAUGGCCCUGUGGGUAUUUGUUUUUCGAACACAGAGGAAGCACCCGGCAGUGAUUUACAUGGCCAAUCUGGCCUUGGCAGACCUCCUCUCUGUUAUCUGGUUCCCUUUGAAGAUUGCCUAUCACAUACAUGGCAACAACUGGGUGUAUGGGGAUGUUCUCUGCAAGGUGCUGAUUAGCUUUUUCUACGGCAACAUGUAUUGUUCCAUUCUCUUCAUGACCUGUCUCAGUGUGCAGAGGUACUGGGUCAUCAUGAACCCCAUGACGCACCCCAGGAAGAAGGCAAACAUUGCCAUAGGUGUCUCCCUGGGAAUCUGGCUGUUGAUUCUGCUGGUUACCAUCCCUUUGUAUGUUGUGAAGCAGACCAUCUACAUUCCAGCUCUUAACAUCACAACCUGUCACGAUGUUUUGCCUGAGGAGGUGUUGGUGGGGGACAUGUUCAAUUAUUUCCUCUCUCUGGCCAUUGGAGUCUUCCUGUUCCCAGCCUUCCUGACGGCCUCUGCCUAUGUGCUGAUGAUCAGAGUGCUCCGAUCUUCUGCCAUGGACGAAAACUCGGGGAAGAAAAGGCAGAGAGCCAUCAAACUCAUUGUCACUGUCCUGGCCAUGUACCUGAUCUGCUUCACUCCUAGUAAUCUUCUACUCGUGGUGCAUUAUUUCCUGAUUAAAAGCCGGGACCAGAGCCACGUCUAUGCCCUGUACCUCAUAGCCCUCUGCCUCUCCACUCUCAACAGCUGCAUUGACCCCUUUGUCUAUUACUUUGUUUCAAAAGAUUUCAGAGAUCAUGCAAAGAACACUCUGCUCUGUCGAAGUGUCCGAACUGUAAAGCAGAUGCAAAUAUCCCUUACCUCAAGUAGAUUCUCCAGGAAGCCCAGCUCUUACUCUACAAGUUCAACCAGUGUUAAAACCUCCUAUUGACUUGUCUGUCUCCCCAGAUGGAAGUUUUACAGUAAGAUUUGGACCCUGCUUAACGUUAUGGGGAUGUUCCUGUUAUUUCCUAACCAAGUGGGUCUUACCACAUAUCACGGUUAUGCAGCACCUCCUCAGGAUUGCUAGAAGCUUCCCUCUUUGCAUGAGAAAUGGCCCCGGAGUUAGGAUGUUGUCAGUUUCUGAAUUCCUUUUCUCAGAUGCUUCCUGAAACUGAACUGGCAGAACCUGACUUUCCAGAAGGUGGCAAAAAGACAGAAUUCUGUGACUUGGAAAAAUCAGUCUUGGCUUGAAGACUAAUUUCUUAGUUGAAACUAUAUUUCUUUUACAUCUGGGCCCAGUCCAGCCUUAUUAGGGCUUAAGGGCCAGCUGUCAGAGAUUAUCAGUACAACAAGUGACUUUAUAGAUGAGAAAACUAAAGAAGUGACCUUCCCACAGUCAAGUUUCCAAACAAGGGCUGUGAGUCAGGAUUGGGCAGGAGAAUUCAAGUGUUCAGCGUGGUUCGUGUGACACCAUUGACAUCAUCAUAAAAAACAGUUGCUGUCGAGUCAGUUUCAACGCAUGGUGACCCCACGUGUGCUGAGUAGAACUGAGCCAUAGGGUUUCAAGGCUGUGACCUUUCGGAAGCAGAUUGCCAGGACUUUCUUCAUAGGAGCCUCUGGGUGUGUUGGAACCGCCAACCUUUCUGUUAAUAGUCAAACGCUUACCCGUUUGCACCACCCCGGGUCUCCAACAUCAUCAAGGAGCUUGUUAAAAGCCCGAAGGUUCCUCAGACUCAGUAAUACUGAGAUGCUUGGUGAACAGGCCCAAGAGUCUGCAUUUUAACCAGCCUGUGCGUGAUCCUUAUGGACACCAGGGUUUGAGAACCAAUGGACUAUGUGUGUGUUCCACUUGACGAGGUGUCAUAGUAGAUGCUGAAGAGAGAGGCAAGCAGAAUGCUUUUGCUUCCUCUUUUAUGUCUGGUUUUGAGUGAAAUCUGUUUGUUGACUUAUUGGAAUUUUCAUUUUUAUUAAUCCUUUCAGCUUUUGUAUGUAUCAUUAUUUACUUCAUGGAAAAUACAAUGAAGAUUUUAAACUUGUAAAUCCAAAUUUUGGAUAACUUUUUACUGACUUCAGUGAAAUCUUCAGGUAGUAUAAGUAAUAGACGGUUUUGUAACGAAGAAUAACAUUCACCCCUUAGUAUUUUUCAAAAUGACAGUUGGGAUAUUUAUAGUCUGUUUUGUUUGUUUGUUAUUAAAUAUGAAAUUAUACAAGGCUUCACUGGGUUUAAACCACAUCUGUUCGGAAGAUAGCACUAAAGUAGAUGUGAUUUGCAACAUGUUUGAACUGUACUUGACUCCAAGCAGGUUUUAUAUAACUGCUCUAUUUGUGACUUUUAAAAAUAACUAUUUUAUAGAUCGUAUAGUAUGAUUGAUUUAUAAAGAACAUCUGUUUUUUACAACUUGUUUCUGAGUGUUUUUUUUUUCUUUUUUUUUUGAGGAG